UGGUCUGCUUUCUCAUUCUCUAGCUUAAGUUUUUUAGGUGACCCGAGUGAACACGAGGUCGUUUUUACGUGUUCUUUAUCAAGUUUGACUCUUGAUGCGGAUUCACACAGACAGCAUAGGUGACUAAUGUCUGUCGCAAACCAGGAAGCCGCUGUGUUUCUCUGAAGAGCUCUGAAGACUAACAGCUCUCUACGGUCGAUGGCGCACUCUUACACUUUUAGCCCACUGUAAGCAGUUUUAAUGUUAAAAAGCCAUGCGAAUUUGGCGGUUCACGUGCUUUUCACUCUUUUUUGGGGUUUUCCUGUCGUCGGUCCCGGAGCUCACAGGUAGUGCAGAGCUCAGUGUCGCUGUUGAACUGGGCACAACCAUACGCAUUGAUACUAGUGCUGCUCACACAAAUGCAAAGUGCAAAGUUUGCAUCAGAUAUGACACACCACCGCUGUGCCAGUCAUCUGUGGUCCUCAGAAGUGACACGCUUUUGGAUUUCAGCUGCGCACAGCCAGAGAAUGUGUUCACCGUACAGAUCAUCAGAGAUAAUGUGGUAAAUAACAUUGAACCCAAAGAAUACAGUGCCUUUCAAAAGUUCAAUCGCACCUUCAUCUGGAAUAUGAAGCCGCCAGCUACAAAGACCUUACAUUUGAAUUUCAGUAGUACUGGUUUACAGCAGAUUCAACCCACAGACAGCUGCCCAGACAAACACGUUUACGUGCUCACAGUGGAGAAUGUCAGUGUUGGAAGGUUUUGUCAGAAUGGAGCUAUUAGACAAGUCGAUGUGCGUAAUGUUGGCAAACUGUCUUUGGAAGUGUCUGGAGGUCGACCUCUGAACAAGAAGGUAAUCGGUGUGUCACUGGGACGUCUCAUUAACUCACUGGCUAAUUUCCAUGUUGCUCUCCCAGAGAGGAGUUCAACCCAGGACUUCUUUACCCCAAUCGCUUUUCCUGAAAAUGCAGAGACAAUGUGGUAUUUUACCGUUCCCCACACGUACUACACUGAUGUGCACAUUCUGAGCUACACUGUUCCAACAUGCCUCCAACCUGAAAACAUACCUACAAUGAAGUACACUUGGCAGGGCAAAGACCCUCUGGUGAAACCGAUGAACGUAAGCCAGCCGUCGGUGGAGCCUGGAAACUUUAACCUCUCCAUAAAGAACUGCAAAGUAUCUGGGCCACAGCCUCCAUCGCAAGGCCUAAUGGUGCACUUCCAGAUCUCUGCCAUCAAGAGAAGCAGGGGGCAAUGUGAAGGGGAUCUGCCUGAGAAGCAAGUACUACAGAUACGUGUAAAUAGAAAGGAUCCCAAGUCAACCUGUGUGUUGAAACUGGAUUCGGUCAUAAUGGACACAAUCACCAUAGCUUCAGGGAACCAUUUUGUCCUGAACUCCUUUGACUGUAACAAGGAUGAAGUAGAGUUGACUGUCAACCAGACCAUAGAAUGUAAAGAAUGGAGAAACUGUGCCUCCACUCCGUUCCCUCUAACUUUCAACUACGAGCAGCAGUGUAUCCCAGGAGUUUUGAAGACGAUCAUCUGGCACCUUCAUGGCCCUCAGAACAGUGCAAUGGAGCUGCAGUCCCCUGCAGGAGAUCUGCGUUACUGUCCGCCUGAAGACAAAUGCAACAGCAUCAUCCUGCUAAAUGUGUCCCAUGUUAACUCCGGCAUCACUCUUGGGCAGUUUUGUCCAAAGGGAACCAUUCAGAAAAUCCAAAUCCGUGAAUCCAAGAUUGCAAUAACUGCCUCCGUUAUGAGUUUCAAUGACCGGAAUUUGGCAACUAAACCCUUCUUGACCUAUUCAUUUACACAGGACAUAUCAGAGCACUAUAUAUUCACUGUUGCACCAAAAAUGGAUAAUCCUACCAUUUUGGCGACCCCAGCCUGGCCGUCUGGCAUGAAAGCGUCUAGCACUGUGUCCUGGAUUGUUAACCUGGAGCCUCAGAUUAAGAGCAAUCUGAAGUUCAGAAAUGUCAGCCAGCCCAAGUGUAAGGAGGUGCACACAAACAUUGCAGUGCAGACCGUUCACGCUCAAACGACGCUGUACAGCACUAAAAAAGAUGAGAAGAUAAAGGAUCUCCUGGUUCCAGAAAGUUUUUACCUGAACAUGACUAACUGCAAAUCACCGACAGGAGCAUUCCGGGCGAUGAUGGAGAUCACACUGCAAAACAGCACAAACAAGCUUUUGGGCAUCAUCCUGAGUAUUGUGGGAGUUGUGUUGGUGAUUGUAACAGCCGUGGGGAUCUGGUUUUUUCUCAGGAAAAAGAAGACGAACAAGGCUCCCCCAGUGUCCGUCUACAAUCCCAGUGAGCAUGCCUUCCUUCCAGGCCUGCAUGGCAUCCCCAAAGCACAGGAGGAGGAGGAUCCUCACACUUACAUGUACAUAGAUGAAACUCUAGUAUAUAGCCAUCUGCUUAAAGAUGAUGCUGAAAAAAAAGAAAAUAAAGAAGUCACUGCAUAUGAGAGUGAUCUCAGGAUGGACUAUUCACCUCUGAAUAACCCAGCUUUACCUGAGAGACCAGUCAGAAACCGUGAAAACCUUGUCACUAAAAGCAAAGCCUUGGUUGACAAUGAGCUCUAUGGUUAUGUUCAGGGACAAUCAAGUACAUCUGAAACACCGAAGACUUCUGAAGAGGAGGGGCACUAUGAAACCAGACUGUGUGUGAGGGGAAAAAGUCCUGAUGAAAUAGAAUGUACUACUGUAAACUAAAGUUUGUUUUUGACUGUCCAUCUAAGAUGUUUUUAUAUUUAGUGGUUUUAUGUGUGAACAGGCUGCUUGUUUUAAAGAUUGUAUGUUUUUGAUAUUAAAACAUCUGUUUAUUUAUUUA